AACACUUCGACAAGAACAUUCCAUCAGAGAACAACCAUUGAUUUGCCACUGCUGAGGAUCUAUAUCGCCAUGACUUCAAGCGUACUUCUUGCCUGCCUGAUUGUCGUUGCACUGGUCGCGGCUGAUCCCAAUGUGCUUCAGCAACGCUACGGCACUCCUUCUGACAUCGGUCAAGGAUCAACUUCAGGAGGAGCGUCUGGCUUCGGUCAAGGAUCAACUUCAGGCGGAGCGUCUGGCUUCGGUCAAGGAUCAACUUCAGGAGGAGCGUCUGGCUUCGGUCAAGGAUCAACUUCAGGAGGAGCGUCUGGCUUCGGUCAAGAAGAAUCACGCUCUUCCCCUGCAUCUCCUGGUUCGGAUGGGUCCUCUACGUCUGGUUCCCAGAGCUCUACUUCCUUGGGUCUACCUGGUAGCGCAGGUGUUCCUGGCGGAGUUGUUGGCAGUGGGUCGCCUACUGGCUCCCGAGCAGUUCCUGUCAUUGCACAAGAGCCAGUGGUUAUCACUCAAGAGACCACAUUAGAUUUUUUCCACACCGUGACUAACCUAGUUUACAACUCUAUUCCUGUAACGCUUACGGACUUCGUGAAGACUACGAUCAUCCGCCCGACUGUUCAGGUGGUCACGACACCCGUCGAUGAUAACGUCUUCAUCACUACCGUUCCUGCGUUCCGCACAGAGUUCUUAACAGUGACUGAUACUCAGUCGUCCUUCCAGUGCGCCACCGAAAUUUCAACUGACACCUUCCUAGUUACCCACUUGGCUCACGAUAUCCGUCAGCAGACGAUUACGUCCACUGUUGUUCAGACAGAGAUCUUCAGACCAACCGUGGUGAGCACAAGGAUUUUCACUGAGACGGAUACUCAGACUGUAUUUCAGACAGUUACCAACACGGUCAUUGUGGAUGCAAACGCAGGCACCCUCUUCCCUACUCGAACUCCUUCCGUGCCUCGCAGUGGUCCCGUCCCGAUCCAGAGGCGCUACGGCGCUCCUGAUUUCUUGUACUAAAUUUUAAUUUUGUCUAGCGUUGAUGGAACAGAAUAAGAUUGCUAAAAAACUUU